AUGUCCGGUCUUAAAAAUGAAGUGGACAAAUUUUGUGAGAGAUUACGACUUCCCGUUUAUUCAGGAUAUACAAUAGAUACCGACAUAUCGAGAAUUGCGAAUGCCUUUUACAUUCAAGCAGAACCGACAUUUGAAGAAUUACAGAAAUUGAUCAAGACUACUUCCGAUUCAGAUAACAAAUUAGAUGAUGAUGAUUUAAUGCAAAUAAUUGUAACAUGUGCAAACUUUAUAGGAGAAGAAUUAUGGACAAAUCCUAAUUUAAAUAAAAAUGCAAUUGCGACGAUCGAAUUGUUGAUUACCAUACAACCAGAUCGGUUUCCAACUGUCACGCAUAUGAUCCAAACAUUUGUACCAAAAAUACUUGAAAAAUACGUAAAACCAACGUUUAUGAAAUAUCCUGUAAAUGUCGAUAAAAGAAGAAAUGGAAAAUCAAAAAGAAAAACAGUUGAUUUUGAUAGUGCGAAUGAAUCAUGGAGAGGAGAGGUAGCACAAUGUUCUAACCUUUUACUUUGGUGUAUUUUACAUUUAAAAAAUUCAGAAAUUGAGAAAACUAUCGGACUUAUUAUCCCUCCAACAUUAUCACUUAUUGAUGAUUAUAAUGUAGAUUUCAAGACACGAGGUGUCUCCAUAUUGGAUCAUCUAUUAAAAAAAUUAAAACAAGAUACUAUACAUCAAACAGGAUUGGGUGAUGUUUUUCACGAGGCUUUGAGCAAAUGUUUAACUUAUCAAAGUGAAACAUCGCAUGUUUCUUUAUUACGUCAAAGCUUUUCGGCCAUAAUUUCAUUGAUUUCUUUAACUGAAAAGACAAACUCUGAAACUCGAUAUAUUAAAUAUGAACAAAUUUUAUCUAAUAAUGUAGUAAAAGGUUUCAUUUUUUCAGGAGAUAAGAUUGUGAUUCGCAUUAUAUUAUUACAACAAAUUCCUAAACUUGCUGAAGAAUUAGGAAUCGUUACAGUUAAAUACAUACAAGAAUUAAUACAUGUGAUAUGCGAUUCCUUAGAAUUCCCUUUUGAAUUUACCAACAAAGAACAAAUGUUAGAAUUACAUUUGGAAGCAGCAAAAGGAAUAGAAAAGAUUAUCGGUGUAUGUUGGCCUAGUCUACAGCAACUUCAUGGAAUCAAUUGA